UUCACGCAUUCCUGGUUUCCUCAGUUAGAGAGAAGCCAAACAAACGGAAAAUCCACAUGUUACAGUGAAUGCCUAUCAUCGUCAAGUCAUCAUCACGGAAUUACCUGGCAGGAAUAACUAUGAAAUAAUUUGAGGCUUGGUGCAGUGUAAGAUAAACAUGGAUAGCGCGCUAGAAAACGCGGAGGGUUGUCAGGGUGCAGGGAAGCAUGCAGUCUUUCCCCUGGAAUCCUCGGAAUCUCUGGUUUCUAAAACUGAAAUCUUAUCACCAAGUCUACCGGCGACAGUAGAGGUUAAACUGGAGGCAGAUGAGGACUGUGGAUACGAGAAUGACUCUCAGACAGGAUCAGAAGCAGAAGAAGAGGAGGAUGAAGAGUUCCAUCCGUCUUCAUCAGUGACCAGCAGUUCGGAUGUUUCAGAGGGCUCGUCGGAAGAAGAGCUAUCUCUGAACGCUGAUCCUGACGACGAUAAGCUGUGUGCUCUGUGUGGAAAAACCUUCCCCAAUAAGAACGGACUGAAUACAGGAGAAAAACCUCAUCAGUGUGACUGCGAGCAGGCGUUGGCCGACCGGCGUGACUUGAAGCGUCACACGGGGGAGAAGCCAUUUCAAUGCCCGAUGUGUGACGAGGCCUUUGCGCGGCGCACACACCUGGAGAAACACUCCAAGCUGCAUGACAAGCCCUUCGAGUGUCCCUCAUGCGGCAAGACGUUCUCAGUUGAGGAACAGCUGACCAAACACCAGGAGUCUCAGCACAGCCCACACACAGGUGAUGAUGCAGAAUGGAAAACCUCAAACAAAAAUGGGAAGCCACUUACGGAAAAAGACCAUCUAAUUGCGCACCAAUACUCUGGUGAACAUCCGUAUAAGUGUAGCACAUGUGCAAAGACUUUCUCAAGCAAAGGCGUUCUUAAAAGACAUCAGACGGUUCACACUGGAGAAAGGCCAUACCAGUGCUCUACAUGCCCGAAGGCCUUCGCACGACGAUCUCAACUGAUGAGACAUGAGAAAACCCACACUGGAGGAAAGUCACAUCAGUGUGGUUCAUGUGGAAAAGUCUUCACACAACGAGGGCAACUGCAAAGGCACGAGAAAAGAUACACUGUCAAACCUGUGGGAGAAGAGGACAAGACGUCCCAAACCGAAAAAAGGCGUAUGUGUUGUGGAGACCCACCCAAGUUAUUCCCUUGCACCACUUGUGGAAAAGAAUUCCUUAAUGCAACAAGCCUGAAGAUUCACGUUAGAAGUCAUACAGGGGAAAAGCCUUAUCUCUGCGCCAUAUGCGGAAAGACUUUUUCUCAAAAAGAUUAUCUCUUCUUACACCAGCAACUUCAUUCUGGAGAAAAAGCAUAUCAGUGUAUGAUCUGUGGAAAGGCUUUUGCCAAUUGUGCACGUCUAUCUGUACACAAGAAAACCCACUUAAGCGUCAAGCAGCAUGAGUGUCCAACAUGUGGAAAAGCCUUUGCUCAUAUGUUCUUACUGACCAGGCACCAGAGACGCCAUACUGGAGAAAAAAAAUAUCAUUGUAAAAUGUGUGGCAAGAGCUUUGCACAUGACUAUGCCUCAAAACAUAAAAAGAUUCAUAUGGAGGAUAAGCGGCACAAGUGCACCACAUGUGAAAUGGCUUUUACAUCAAGUCAUCAUCUCAAGAGGCAUCUGCUGGUCCACACUGGAGAAAAGCCGUACCAGUGCACCUCAUGUGGAAAGGCCUUUGCAGACUUGCGUACUCUAAAACGUCACCAGAGAAGCCAUACUGGAGAACAACCAGAUUAGUGUAAUUCAUACCAAGCAAGCAAAAUAGCGAAAACAUGUUUGUGUUCAAAAACAUUUUAUUUCAUAGUACAUAAAAUCCAAAUGUCCAUAAAAUCCAGUUUAUAUCAACUAAGGCAGGGGUGGCCAACCAGUCGGAGACCAAGAGCCACAUUUUGUAAUGUGUCACAGCAAAGUACACCUCCAGCAUGGGCACAUCAGCACACAAACAUCACACGGGCAUAUAAACAUGCGCCCACCCACCAACAUCCCCCAUCCUUCUCGCACCACAGACCAGCAACAACAUACACAUGGGCAUGAACAUCAACCAUCUCAACCAUCACACACACACACGCACACGCACACGCACACACACACACACACACACACAUAUUGAUGUUACAGCCCAACUUGAUGACCUGACGACAAGACAAUCCUGAAUAUAAGAUGACCCCCCCCCUCCCCCUUUUUUUGCAACUUCAUUUUUUGUGGGAAAAUUGUUUUUUUUUUUCAAGAUCAACAUUUUGUUUUACAUAGGAAAGGGUAGGCCUAGUCAAGUUAAAAUUCUGUUCUGUUCACAUUUUAAUAAAACACCUGUCACAGUAUAAUUUCCAUGAGCAUUCUUUAUAACAGAGCACAUUGAUCAAUUGAUGAUAACUCGGAACAAAGAUUCUCCGCCUCUCUGCUCAUUCAGGC